AUGCAAUUGAACCGACUUAGACAGCCUGUGGGGCGCUAUGCCCGGCAGGGAUUAUACAGGGCCCUAAGGCCCAAUAACCAAUUUGUGGUAUAUAUGCCCAAGCGGUUUAAUUCAAACCCCCAGAACACAGGGCAAGUGACCCCGGAUCCCACCGAUCAGAAUGACUCGGAUGAAGGCAAGGGUUCAGGUCAGGGCCGCCGGGACUCAGAUCCCAACUUCAAAUCUACGAUUCUCAAGAUGCUUGAAACUGCGGCAACCACCGCAGCAUCAAUUGCUAUUUUAGGCGCGGCGGGAUAUUCGUAUCACCAGUACUACAAGUACCUGAUCCUCGACAAGAUGGACAAUGCGUUCAACCCCGGUGACCCUGCUCUCGAAGUUGCGGGUGUUGUCUCUGGAAAGCACAAGUAUCGCCAUGAAGAAAACUGGGUAGUUCGCAACGAGCAACCCAAAAUUGACGACAUUGUAUCUGGCAAACUAUGUGGCCACUACUAUCUCAUGAUCGGCGAGAAAGGCACGGGCAAAACUUCGAUGCUUUUGGAGGCAAUGCGCAAAAUUAAUGGCAAUAGCUGUGCGAUGUUCGAAGCACACGCUGACCUCGAAAUUUUCCGUAUCCGACUGGGCAAAGCUUUGGACUAUGAGUUCCACGAAGACUAUAUUGGCAGUCUUUUUAGCAUUCGCGGACCAAGAGAUACCACCGCACUCCUGGACAUUGAACGUGCCUUCAAUAAGCUGGAGAAAGUGGCACUUACCAGAAGACGGGAGGGCUCUACUCCUCUAAUCCUGAUCAUUAACAGUACACAUCUGGUUAGAGAUGACCACGAUGGACAGGAUUUGCUUGAAAUGAUCCAGCAGCGCGCCGAACAAUGGGCUGCUAGUGGUCUUGUUACAACAAUCCUAAACAGUGAUGACUACUGGGUAUAUGAGCGCCUGAAGCGUUACGCGACUCGCAUGGAGGUCAUUCCUGUGAAGGAUCUGCCCAAGGACAAGGCGAUGACCGCCCUGAAGAGAUACCGCGAACAGUUCCACAACGAGUCCCUCCCUGCCUCGGUUCUCGAGCAAAUCUACGACAAAGUUGGAGGACGACUAUCCUUUUUGAACCGCAUCGCCAAAUCCGAGAAUGUCACAAAAGCCUGCGAUGAUAUCUGCCGGGCCGAAAAAGUUUGGUUCUUGAACAAGUGUUGGAUCCUCGGGAAGGAAAUGGAUGACGAUGUGAUGGAUGAGCAAAAGUACUCCUCUGCGGCUAUGGUCCUAGCGAAAGCUCUAGUUGAUCUGGAACAAGAGAUGGAGUCAAAUUACCACCCGGAGGAGGGACACAUUUUACCUGAGAUUCCGCUCCACAAGGCGCGUGAGAUUAUGACUCGUGCAGACUUUAUUCAAUCCUACGAUCACGAGAAUAUCUUCACUAUUAACUCACGGGCAAUGGUACGCGCCGAUUCAGUGCCCAUGCAACGUGCCUUCCGAGAGAUAUGCGCCAUCGAAAACUUCGACAAGCACUUGGAAGGUACUUUGGAGCGUAUUGGAGAUAUUGAGAGUCUCGGCCGUACUCGUGAAUUGACCAUCAAGGAUCUUUGGGAUAGCGGCAAAUAUCGUGUCAUUGUGCGAGACAACCGUGGACGUGAGAGUGGUACAGUGGAAUUUGCUGUGGCUGAGCGAGAAGGCGAAGAUGAAGAAUAG